GAAACAAAGUGGAAAAUGUAUGCGGAGGUGGAUGUGGAAGAUGAGAGCGAACGUACGUCAGUGACCUUAGUCAAAGAAGUGAGCUUCACCUGCAAGAUGCCAGAUUAUGGCACUUUUCAUCUGAAGCAGCCACCUUUCAUCAUGAGCAACUGGUGCCAGGGUGUGGUGAAAGACAUGACCAUUGAAUGUGUAAUCAGUUAUGAGCCAAUGGUGAGCAAGCCACACACCACUAGAUUUUUAUACCAGCUUGAUGGAGAGAGCCCGGGGUCCAGCCAGAAAACGGUGGUUCUGACACUCAAUAUGCCCAGCACCCAGGCAGCUGAAGAGAGCGUGGCAGCUACCUCAGUAUCCAUGCCCACCUCCCCUGUGCACACUAUAUCGAUGCCAUAUAACACCAGCUUCCCCAGCCUGCAGGGGGCCUGGUCCAAGUCUUUCUUCCCUGUGGAAUUGCCCAUCUCCAGGAGUUCAAGUAAAUCGGAUAUGUGGGCAAAUAUUGUAGCAGGCAGAAAGCAGUCACUCACCAAGCCUAUUCCAGGCACCACUAAUGUCCUGUUCCCAGAGCUACCCUCUUCACACAGCCACACGAGCCCUCUGAGUCAGGACAGUUCCCACUAUAGCGUUGGCCUUGGUUCACGAAGCUCACACCAUAGCCCCUCCAGGACCAGCCAGAUGUCAAGGUCGUCAUCGCGAAACUCUCCAUCUCUGUCAGACACAACAUCUUCAUCGGGGGUUCAGAAGGAUGAACCUGAUGGAAAUAAGAGCCCCAGCAUUACUGCUGGCAAUCCGAAAACACUGAAAGUUAUGUUCUCUCUCGGCGGGGAAGACGGAGGAAGCUCUGUGGCAAGCAAUAGUUCUGAGAGUGGUUUCAGUGAGCGCGAUGUGUGUCACUCAUAUGCAGACGCGUGCAAGACUGUUAAAAAGUCGGAUGUUAAUGCAGAAAAGAUCUCUAGUCAGGGUAAGCUGCCCUCUGGAACUGCCAAAGAUAAUAAUGCUAAGCGUACAGAAGGUGAAAAGGACCAGUCUAUGCAGGACAGAAAUUUUGUACACCGUCCGUAUCAGGGGCAGGGAAGUCGUGGAGGGCGGGGGCGAGGUCGUGGCGGCCGGAGACAUCUCAGAUUUACCGAAGAGGAGAGGCCCUGGGGCAGACAGAAUAGUGGCCAUUCUCGCAGCGAGCCUCACGCUAAAGGUGCCAGGGACUUGCCCAGUACUGUUAACUACCGCCGUGCCUUCAGUGGGGGUCAUACUUCCCCAGGCACCAGCCACAAUAAGGAUGUGAGUAAUGGGGGUGCACCUGUGAGUAAUGGGGGUUCAACUGCGAAUAGUGGGGGUUCAACUGUGGGCCGAGGGGGCUCGGCGGGUAGGUCACGUGACCUCCAAGGCCAGGGAGAUCAUGGAGGAAAGAAUCCUAACUGGGACAAGAACUGGGAGCCCAGGGAAGGGGGCAAGUAUGUGAACUCUCCUAGGGAGGGAGGCAGGUAUCCCAACUCCUCUAGAGGUCGGGCUGGUAGCAAUGCAGGAGGUUAUCGUUACAAUCGUGGAGACAGAGCCAAUGACACAGCUCACAGGCAGCAUCAAGGCAAGAACCAUGCUCUGCAGGAAGAGGAUGAGGAGGGGUUUACGAAUGUCGUGCACAGAUAACAGAUAGUGUAGUUUAGGUGUGGUUUUUAUAUUGAAGUACACUUCUCUUUGUAUCUUUCAAAGAGGACAUUGAAGGUAAUGAAGACUUUAUCCCUAGAACAAUGUGUAGCCUUAGUUUGUGCUAGGUAAAGAUGACAUCUGGGGUAGUAAUGAUUUAAUUUGUAGUAUUAAACUUCCUUGAUGUGUGUCUUCCAUAUUUGAUAUUUAAGGAAGUAAAGAUUUUGAUUUUAGUAGAGUUCAUAGCAUAUUCUUUCUGUGGACAGUAAAGGUAAAAUAAAUUAAAUACUUCUGACAGAAUGCAGUCUCCAUUUGUAUAGCAAUGGAAAGAAAUAAGUCACUUGCUGCAUUCAGCCAUUUGAGAUUUGUAGGUCUUAAAGCGAUCUUUAAUUUGAUACCCAUAUUGGUAUACUGGCAAACUACAGUACACAUUUGUGUUAGCGGUAUUUAUAACAGUAGAGCUACAGUGGUUUUAUUUCUAAUUUUUACAGUUGCAGUCGUAGUCCUUGAUGUUGUGACAUGCGUAGAGGGCAGCUGAUCGUAUGUCAGUUUAAUUCUGAACUUUCCUUACCACGAACAGGUAGAAAAAUGUUUAGGAAGUUUAACUCUUGUUCUUAGUUCUUAGUUGUAGUAUGUGUCUUUUGUUUUUUAUGGUUGUUAAGGCUGUGUUAAUUUGUUUCGUUGGAUUAAGUUCGGUACACCACCCUCCUCUGCAUUAUCCAUGUAUGACAGUUGGGAUAGUGUUUAUUUUAUUCUGUCUGUAUAUGUCAUUCAGUACACUGCCAUUGUCAAUGACUCUACACUGGAACAGUUAGUCAAGUGUUUUUUGUGAUAGAAAUUGUGUGCACCAAGAAGUGUCAGGUGUAAUGAGAGGCUGAAGAAAUGGUGUCAGUGAUAUUGUUGUUGAGUGUUUCAUGACUGGGUCAUGGGCGUAGGCUGCAGAGCCCUCGCCUUGUCAGGGAAUGACCAAACAUGUGCCAUAUGCUGGAGAAAUUAUUGAACUAGGUUUUCAGUCUAUGUGCAUACAUUUUGUGUGCGUGUGUGUAUGUAUGUGUGUGUGUGUGUAUGUGUGUGUUUGCGUUCAUUUUUGUGUUUUAAAAAAGUUUGUGACUGCAAGACACCAGUGAUACAAUGAUAGUUCAAAAAUUAUUUUUUAAAAUUGUCCCUUUGUUUUGUUUGUCUGCGUUGCUAUUUUCUAGCCUUGAAUGAACUAGUGUGUUGAUGUGCUUCUAUUUAUCUUUGAAUGAAACAACUGGACGUGUAAGAUUUUUUAAAAUGAGAGAAUUAUUUUGCAAGAACGAGAAUCAAUUUCCGAGUUUAGACUGUUUUGAGAGUGUAUAGAGAUUUGCGGGUGUUUCUUUUCCUGAUUUUUUUUUGUUACUGGUGCUUUAAGUAAGUACAGUUUAUAUUGGUAAGUAUGUGGGUUUCUUUUUCCAGAUUCUUUUUACCGGUGCUUUAAGUACUUAAAGUUUUUCAUUCUUUGAAUUUCAUUGCGCACAAGUCACUUUUGUCUGGUUGAAAGAGUAUCAAAGGUGAGAGUGAAAGGAACAAACUGAACUAUUCCUCUGUACCUUGAAAAAUGUGUUUUGGACAGAGACAUUAGAGAAAUAUCUUUUAUUUUAUAUUCACUUCCAAUUGUAUAUAAAUCAUAGCAUGUUGUGUAAGAUCACAACAGUUAAUCAGUGUGUAUUGUUUUAUGGGCAGCAGUCCGCACAAAUUUAUUUAUGCUCAUGGUUUUAUUAUGUACCUCACACUAGUUUAUGAGACCCGAGACCCAACAUUUUGCAAACCAAAUACUGGUUUGUGUGAGUGAAGUUUGUUUUAGAAUGAGCCUCGAGUGGAACAUGCUCAGCAGUGUGUUUGUGUGUAUGUGUGUGUAUGUGUGUGUGUGUGUGUGUGUGUGUGUGUGUGUGUGUUUUUAAGGCAUUUAUAUAGAUAGAGGCUUCAUAAGAGAGAAAUAGUAAAUAUGAAAAGUAAGUUCACACGUCUUUUGUGGGCUUUAGUGCUUUUUACUUAUACAGUAUCUUUAAUGUUGAAGGCUAAAUACUAUGCACUGGUUACGCUUGAUUGACAAUAACUUUUUUUGAUUGCUUUUGAAAAUCUGUCACAUGAAAGUAAAGUCUUAUAGCUUCACUCGUUACUUGUAUACAUUCAUCAGCGGCAGGACCGCCUCAAGGCAGAAACUUUUGUAUUUAUUUGAUUCUUGUAAAAGAGGUUUUACCGACGUAUUGUUUGGAUUGUGAAUGGCUGCUGUUUUAGCUUAUCCAUUGUGAGAGUUUUGUGUUCUCAUUUACUCAGAUUCAGUAUUGUAAGCUAUAUUGAAAACUCUGUGAUUGUACUAAUUAUGACUUAAGUGUAAAAAAAAGUAAAUUUUAAAAUUCAAACUUGGAAUUUAUCAUUCCACUUGUUGAUAAAUAAGCCGCUAUUUAUUUUUUGUGUAUGUGUGACGUGUGUGUGUGUGCGUGCGUGCGUGCAUGCAUUUGUGCGUACGUGCGUGUGAGCUCAUGCAUGUGGUGUUAGUAGUGCCAUUUUAUCACGCGUUUUAUUCAUAAGCUCCUUUCGUAUUUAAUGUUUACAGAUGUUUUUGUUUAUAUUCCAAACUGAUUUGUAGAAAAUAAGACUUGGUCAUGUUGUCUUGUUUCCUGACAGCAAAACCAAAAUGAAUGUGGAUGUUACACCAUGUAGGCCUAUGUAAGCAAAGUUUGUUGUUACCUUACCCGAAUGACUUUGGGUGUAGCCAUUACCAUGAAUUAGAAAAUUCUUUCUGAUUAGGAAAACUUCAGACUUUGUGUGUAGGGGCCCUUACAAUAGAAUUGUACUGGUACUUUAAAAGUAUUUUUUUAAAAAUUGGUCAUUACUUAAUGUACACUAGUGGAGAAAUUGUACAGUUAAUUAAGGAAAAAGCCUUUCUGUUUCUGUAUUCUAUGUGUUAUGCGUUGAUGUGUAAGUGUACAUGUGUGUAUGUAUGUGCAUGCUUGUGUUCAGACAUAUUUGUUACCUGUACUGAGAUUGCAAUCUGAUGAUUUGAUAAGUAAGCAAGAAUAUAAAAAAAGACUAAAAAAA